UCACUGUCACUAAAUGCGGCGUUCGAACCGCGGUUUAAAAAUUGUAUAUUCUGAAAGUAAAUUUAACUAUGUUUUAACUAUACUUACAGUCAUAUUACGGGUCCUAACAAAGUUUUAAAAUCUGGUUAUUUAUUAGGCACUUCUAAAAGUAUUGACGAGCAUAAUACAAUACUAACCUCCACAAUGGGAGACGACGAUUUUAGCAAACUUUUACAACAAGCUGAGCAAUUAACAUCUGAAAUUGAAGGAAAUGAGGAAUUGCCAAGAGUAGAGCGAUCAUUAGGCCAAGUGUUAGAGGCCUCACAGGAACUAUACUCCAGAGUCAUACAAUCAGGCGCUAACGACAUUCAAGCGCAUCUUUUAUUUGGGUCGAAAGGCAUUGAUCUGCAACAAAUUUCACAGAAAUUAGAAACUUUAUCUUCAAAACGAACGUUUGAACCACUCCAACCCAUUGCCGAUUCUGAUAUAGAAAGUUUCCUAAAAAAUGAGAGGGAAAAUGCAAUAUUAUCACUCAUUGAUGAAGUCAACAAAAAUUCAUUACAAACAACAGAAGAUCAGAAAUGGGAACACAUGUUGUCUGAAUGGAAUAAAGAAAAGAUCAAACUUAUGAAUGCAAUGAUUGGUCCAUCACAAAACUGGCUCGAUUUGAAGAAAACCCCAGAGUUACCGAGCAUUGCAGAUACACCUAAAAAGUUUGGCCACUCUAUGUUGGACAACAUUGAGGCUGCAUAUGCAAAACAAGUACAACAAUAUAAUAAACUAAUCAUUCAAGGUGCUAAGUCAAGAGUACCAUUGUAUCAGAAGUUUGCACAAGUUGCAGAUGAAUAUAAUGACCCUAAAGUAAAAGAAAUGUGGGAAAUAAUAAAGAUGAUGACCAAUAUUCCCACUCUAGUCAGGGACGAAGAUCCAUUGAAGGCUCGAGGAAAUCCAUUAUUACAGCAAACCCUUAUUUCACAAGGCAAAAAGUAUUUAGAGAAGAGAUACAAGCAGUACAUGAGCGAUGUUGUAAGAGCAAACCCAACUGCAGCAAUGAGAGGAGGGGAGCCUGGUACAUUUCCACUUGUGAGAGGAUUUGUCGGUCUACGCAUCCAGGGUCAAAAUGUGCAGGGCCUUACUGAUGGUGUGGUGGAGGACCGUCCUCUGUGGCCCAUGGUUUAUUAUUGCCUCCGCAGUGGGGAUCCAGCCGCUGCCUUGCACUGUCUGAGAAAGGCUGGCCGUGAUCAGGAGGAAUUUAUAUCAGCAUUGGAAGAGCACAUUCGAGAUCCUGAAAAGGCUCUCAGUGAGAAAAUACAAACAGCAAUAAACUUCCAAUACAGAAUACAAGUCAGGAAUUCUACAGACCCAUACAAGAGGGCUGUAUACUGUGUGAUAGGAUGUUGUGAUGUGAGUGACGAACACUCAGAAGUUGCCAGGACAGCUGACGACUAUCUGUGGCUGAAGCUGUCUGUUAUAAAGCCACAGUCAAAUAAUGAGUCAGACUCCUUCACAUACUCAGAUUUGCAGAAAAUGAUUUUAGAAGAGUAUGGUGAGACACAUUACCAUGCAUAUGAAAAGCCUCUUGUAUAUUUCCAAGUAUUAACAUUGACAGGACAGUUUGAGCCUGCUAUUGAAUUCUUAUCAAGAAUACCAAGGUAUCAGGUGCAUGGUGUCCAUAUGGCUCUAGCACUGCACGACACGUAUAUGUUAGGAACUCCGAGAAACGUGCAGGCGCCUCUAUUGUCAGUUGACACAGAUGACCCAGUGCCACUGCGUAGAUUAAAUUUAGCAAGAUUAAUAUUGCUGUAUGUGAGAAAGUUUGAGCUCACUGACACUUCUGAUGCACUCCACUAUUACUUUUUCUUAAGAAAUCUAAAGGAUCCCAGCGGUAAAAACCUAUUCAUGUGUUGCUGCACGGACUUGGCACUGGAAUGCCGAGACUACGACCUUCUGUUUGGAAAGCUGGACCCAGUGACGUGCACACGCAGUGCCGGCUUAUUAGAUCAGUUUAACAACACCAGUAUAGAUAGUAAGGUUAUCGCAUUAAACGUCGCCGAGCAGCUAGUCAAUCGCGGACUUUUUGAAGAUGCCAUUACAGUGUAUGACAUAGCAGGGAACAUGGAGAAGGUGUUGGAGUUGUUCUGCGUGCUGCUAGCGCAAGUCGUGGGAGGCGGCGGCGCGGGGGGCGUGGCAGGGGAGGGCGGUCUACGCGCGCGGCUGGGCGCGCUGGCGGACCACGUUUCGCGCCGCCUGCGCACCGACACGCUCGCCGACCCGCCGCAGGCGCUGCUCGACGCCUACAACAAACUCUGCAAACUGAUGACCUUCUUCGACCACUGUCAAUCAGACAACUAUGACGCCGCACUAGAGACUCUGCGCGAGUGCGAGCUGGUGCCAUUGCGAGCAGAGGAGGUGGAGGCGCGUGUGGCGGGCGCGCGAGCGGCCCGGGGCGAGCUGCUGCGUGCAUUGCCAGCCGUGCUGCGCGCACUGUGCCAGUUGAUGCUGCGUCAGCGGCAACGAUUACGAGCUCAGCACCCCACGCCCGCCGCCGCACAACACGUCGCUAAGCAAGUGGAAUGGCUACGAGAGCAAGCGGACGUGUUGAACACGUUCGCGGGCAAUAUUGCGUAUAGAAUGCCCGGCGACACCUACAGUCAGUUGGCUCAGAUGCAAAUCCUACUACAUUGAUUUUACUUUAAUUUUACUACUGAUAUUAUUACAUAUUUUUC